GAGUUUGGAGGGAAAGACAGAUUGGAACGUCAUGUGCUUUGCGUUUUCUGAAUUCUGAUUCACUCUUCACUUGAGCAUGCCCUAGGUUUCUCGCAGCCGUUGCCGUUGCCGUUGCCGCCGCGCGAGUCCGCUCCUUGCUCAGGCACUUCUUCCUCCGCUCAGCUUGCAAGAACAAAAUCACUGUGAAGUCUGUGAUUGUUAUGUGCAAAUAUUUCAGCUUCUUAACCCUAAUUUCACCCAAUCCACCUCCGACCACCGCGUCUCUGCUCCAUCCAAGCUCUUAGGGUGUUCAACUACGGGGUAGUGGGAACUUGAGGGAAGCUGUGGAUUUCUUAUGUAACUUUUAUUCUUGUUGGCAUAUUUGCAAUAUAUUUACAGCAAUAGGAAAGGAAAUAGCCUUUUUUUUAUAGCUUGUGGCCUACCGCCUAUGGCCAUGGAUUUUGAAUCAAAUUAUGAUAUUGCUGCCACUGCUCACUUCAUUUGCACUCACAACUUCACCAGAGUUGCAUUACAAUUUCCAGAUGAUCUUCUGAAAGAUUCAACAAGAGUGGUCACUGCUCUGCGCAAGAGACUUCAAUCAUUGAGAGAAUUUGAUGUCACAAGAAGUGCGCCUGAGACAGACGUUGGGUUGUUUGUCAUGGCAGACACCGCCUAUGGCAGUUGUUGUGUUGAUGAAGUUGGAGCAUCACACAUAAAUGCUGAUUGUGUCAUACAUUAUGGUCAUACAUGUUUUAGCCCGACGACUACUCUACCAGCUUUUUAUGUUUUUGGGAAGGCUUCCAUUUGCAUAAGUGAUUGUGUUGAAAGUAUUUCAGAAUAUGGGCAGAAAAAUAGCAAGCCUAUCAUGGUCCUUUUUGGGCUAGAGUAUGCACAUUCAAUAGAGCAUAUUAGAAAAGCACUGUUAGAAUCAUCAAUGUCUUGCAGAUCUGAACAUAAGUCUGAAGUUCACUUUGCCGAUGUUCCAUCUCCAUUUAUGUUUCCAUCGAAAGAUAUAACAAAAUUAAAUGGGCUCCAAGAACCAGCCUGUGGUUGUAGCAACAAUGCCUUUUCUGAUGGGACCAGUGGGACUAUAUAUAGUAUUGGAGGAUUGACAUGGAAAUUAUCUGAGGGACAAAGCAUGGAAGACUACUUGCUCUUUUGGAUUGGACUUGAUAAUUCUGCUUUUGCAAAUGUAGUGCUGACAUUCAAUGCCUGUGAAAUAGUCAGGUAUGAUGUGACUGGGAAUCGAAUGGUGACAGACUUGUCUCCACAGAGGAGAAUUCUUAAACGUAGAUAUUACCUGGUGGAGAGGGCUAAGGAUGCUAACAUUGUUGCGAUUUUGGUUGGAACUCUUGGAGUUGCUGGUUAUCUGAACAUAAUAAAUCAGAUGACGGAGCUCAUUAAAGGGGCGGGCAAAAAACCCUAUACUUUGGUUAUGGGAAAACCAAACCCAGCUAAACUUGCAAACUUUCCUGAGUGUGAUGUUUUUUUAUACGUCUCUUGUGCCCAAACUGCUUUGCUGGAUAGCAAAGAGUAUCUUGCUCCAGUUAUUACUCCCUUUGAAGCAUCAAUAGCUUUCAACAGGGGAAGCCAGUGGACCGGAGCCUAUGUAAUGGGAUUUAGAGAUCUAAUUAAUCUACCUCAAUUAAAAGUUGAAAACCAGGAUGAAGAAGCACGAUUUUCAUUCUUACAGGGCAGAUAUGUUGAAGAUUUUGAUAAUCAAGAAAAUGGUGAGCAACAAAGUGAAGCCCUUGCUCUAGCUAACGCGACAGAGAAGGCACUGCAGUUGCAGAAUAACUGUAAUUCUCUAAUCAGAGGGGAUGCUAGAUCAGGAGCAGAAUUUUUCAGGAAUCGAUCUUAUCAUGGCCUGAAUAUGCCCAGCGAGAACACCUCCCCAGAACCAUAUUUCAAAGGAAGGAGUGGAAGGGCAUCUGGAUAUGAGGAUGAGAAGAACAAACAUGAAAAUUUGUGAUUAAUCGCUACGAGAUGGGCUGUAGAUUAAUCAUAUAUUAUAUUUCAUUGUCUCUCCUUUUCGAAUUUAUGGCAAAGGAGAGAAAAAACAUUUUUUUACUAUCAUCAUUAUAAUUAAUGCCACUCAUAAAUCUUCCAUAAUAUUAUUGUCUGUUUUUUUUUUAA